CCAUGUGGUUUAUGUUCCACAGCACAGUAUGUUAACAGCACAGGAGGGUGGUGGCACCUUAAUUGGGGAGGAUAGGCUCGUGGUAAUGGCUGGAGCGGAAUUGGUGGAAUGGUGUCAAACGUUUUCAAUGUGUUUGAUGCCAUUCCAUUAGUGCCGUUCCAGCCAUUAUUAUGAGCCAGCCUCCACUGGUUAACAGCUGGAACAUUGUGUCUUUAUGUAGGAGAAGCAGAACACAGACUGACACCUAGCCUAUUCAGUUGCCAAGUAGCCUUUACACUUCAUUCUGUUCUAGAUCUGUUGAGCUAGAAGUAGAUAUGGACUAACUGAAUUGUCAAGGCUGACAUUUUUGCUUAACUUACCCCCCCCCACACACACACACACUAAAUAUAAUUAAACAAUAGUCGUAAAGCUUUGCAGAUGUUCCCAUUCCCCACUCAAAGCUUGGAAUCCUAUUAGCUAGGUAUUAUUAUUAGUUAAGAUUUUUGUAAUUUCUGUAGGAUUCUGCCAGUGAUUUAUAGCUUACAGGUUUACUGUUGUGUUGCUACACAUCUCUCUAUCGUCAUGGGAAUUGACCUUUGAUCCUACUACUGAAUCACUAAACCGGUGAUGUCAUUCAGAACAUAUGAGUGUUGGGACCUGCUUGCGACAAGUAAAGUGUAUCAGAGGAAAGUCCACCCUGUUGGAAAUCUUAACAGACCUUUGUGUCUUUUUGCGUUUAACAAUAUCUAAAUGGUUUGGGAUUUUUAUAUAUUCUAAGGAAGACUAUUUGCAACUUUCAACAGAGAGAGAGAUCCUAGAGAUCCACUCAGGAGGAACUGCCAUAUUUGAUAGUCAUACUAUAACAUUAGCUGUACAUUGAAGGUAGCAUAUUAAAGCUUACUGGGUGACCAACCUGAGCCUAUCAAAUUACACCUCUUCAUACAGUAGCCAGACGGUAGCUUCACUGAUCUAUCUGCCAUGGAAGGUGUGACAGGUGUAUAUGAGCCGGUGCAGCACCAUUGGUUCCACUGCCAGAAUCCGGUGGACUGUAGAAGCUCCUGGAUCCCAUUCAGCAGAGAGGAUUCUCUACGGCUGGAGGAGACACACAAACAUGGGGAGACCAGUGGGGAGGAAGAAGUGGAGGUGGUGGUAGCCACAGAAGGGAGGCGUUUUGACGUGAGGCUGAAGGAGAGGAGGUGCUUUGCGGUGUACUGGGAGCAGCCCCCCUUGGAGGUGAGGCGCUGCUCCUGGUUCCACAAAGGAGACAAGGACAUCUCCUACACCCCUUACCCAGAGGACACCAGCCUAGUCCUGGAGGAGGCCUACAUGAUGGCAGUGAAGCUGAAUGACUGGAUGAAGAAGAAGAUACAAUUCCCCACUGGAGAAACGGUGGUGUUGCACAGCCCUACGCUUAUGACACAGCAGCAGACAAUCCCCUUGAAGGACUGUAUAAGCCUCCCCUCUGAGCAGAGUCAACCCAGGAUGGUCAAGAGGGGGCUGGAGGGUAUUAGAGUAGAGCUACCUGAAGGAGAACCUGACCAAGUUGACCACCUUGUGUUCAUGGUGCAUGGCAUUGGACCAACCUGUGACAUCCAGCUGCGUGGUGUCGUUCAGUGUGUGAAUGAUUUCCGGGGUGCCUCUCUCAGCCUACUGAGCAGUCACUUCAAGCAGAGUCAAGAUGGGACCCACAUGGGCCGUGUUGAGUUCCUGCCAGUCGACUGGCACCGGGUGCUACAUGGUGAUGCCACUGGGGUGGACGACGAUAUCCAGAGGAUCACCCUGCCCAGCAUCAGUCGUCUGCGUCAGUUCAGCAACAGCACGGUGCUGGACCUGUUCUUCUACAACAGCCCCACAUACUGCCAGACCAUCAUAGACACUGUGGCCUCAGAGAUCAACCGCCUCCACCAAGUCUUCCUCCAGCGACACCCACAAUUCACUGGGGCAGUGUCACUGGCUGGACACAGUCUGGGUUCUCUGAUCCUCUUUGACCUUCUGACAAAUCAAGAAAGAAGGAACACAGAUGAAGAGGGAAGUAGCGUCAGCAGUCCAAGUGAAGCAACCACAUUAGACUUUGAGAGCUUUGAGGACACACUUAGGAGCUUUGGAUUGGGCAAGUAUGUCCAAAUGCUUACAAAGGAGCAGAUGGACUUAGAAUCACUGGGGCUGUGUUCAGAGACAUUCUUCAAAGACUUGGGAAUACCCUUGGGGCCUCGCAAGAAGAUCAUGUACUUGUUGAAGAGAUGGAGAGGGCAGCAGGAAUCCAGGACAGGAACUUCACACCCAGUUCCUGGCAUCCCCGGCAUUGCCGGUAUGUAUCCCCAAGUCCAAGAACACCCGACCCUCCUUUCAGGCACCCCCUCCACCAGCCCAGUGGAUUACAAGUACUUUGACGUUGGCAUUGGCCAGGUGUCCAUCGUGUACCCUCAGCUGGCUUUCCAGCCACAGGCCUUCUUUGCCUUGGGCUCUCCUAUAGGAAUGUUCCUCACGGUGCGCGGCCUGAAGAGGAUCGACCCCAAAUAUAGCCUCCCCACCUGCAAAAGCUUCUACAACAUCUACCAUCCAUUUGACCCGGUUGCCUAUAGGAUUGAGCCCAUGGUGGUGUUUCCAGAGGUGGACUUGCCCCCCAUACUGAUCCCACAUCACAAGGGCAGGAAGAGGAUGCAUCUUGAGCUAAAAGACAGUUUGAAGCGAGUCAGCUCAGAUCUACUGCUCUCCAUCAGUACUGUCCGUGGUGUGUGGCAGACCCUCACCAUGCUACCUGUCAACACACUACCCCCGGUGGCCGGGGUAGGAACCACAGCUGCACUGCCACCUCAGGAGUCAGAAGGUGGGAGACCAGUGUUUCAGACUCAGAGGGCCACUUUGAAACCCCAGAGGCUCAGAGCCCUGUCCACGCUCCACUCCAAUUCCCAGAAGAGCUGGAGACCUUCACCACUGACAGAGCAGGAAGAGGAUGUGGUAGUGUCACAGGUCCAAGAAAUGCCCCGCCGCAUUCGCCAUGCCACCGAUGAGGAAAAGCUGGCUUGCAGUGAAAUCAUGGACCAGAAAGCCAAUGAGGAGGCCGGGAUGGAGGUGGAGGAGGAGGAAGAAGACUCAGUGUGUGCCAAAGGCCCAGCUAAAGGCCCAACCAAAGGCCUGGCCAUCACAGACAAUGUCAAAAGCCAGGCAAUGCUGGAUGAUUCCACAAUGAUUCUUAAGUUGGUGACACUACAUCACCGCGCUCCCUCUCUUGCUCUUGGUCCUCAUCUUUGGCCACAGGCGAAGAUAACACACUAUAUGAAGGAAAAUGAGAUUUUCAUUUCAAGUGAAGAGCUGUCAAUCACCCCAAGGCUAAAGUUGAUUGGCUGCAAGGGACAGGAUGACAAAGGUAGUCCCUCCUCCAUGGAUACCAUAUCGCUAAAUGAGAUGGACAAAGCAGCGGUGCUCACCUUGAUCAGAGAGGAGAUAAUCACUAAAGAGAUAGAGCCCAACGAGUGGAAGAGAAAGUAUGAAGACAGUCAUAUGGAGGUGUUAGAGAUGAGGAAAAUAGUGGUGGAGUACGAGAAAACAGUUGCACAGAUGAUUGAGGAUGAGCAGCACAAGAGGAGUGUCCUGGGCUCCCAGGUGAGUGUCCAGCAGGUGACUCUGGAGCGGGACCAGGCCCUGGCCGACCUCAACUCUGUGGAGCGCUCACUCUCGGACCUCUUUAGACGUUACGAGAACAUGAAGACCAUCCUGGAAGGAUUUAAGAAGAAUGAAGAGGUGCUGAAGAAGUGUGCCCAAGAGUAUCUGGUCCGCGUCAGACAGGAGGAGCAGAGAUACCACACACUCAAGAUCCACGCUGAGGAAAAACUAGACAAGGCUAAUGAAGACAUAGCCCAGGUGCGCUCCAAGGCCGACUCAGAGAGUGUGGCUCUUCAUGCCAGCCUGAGGAAAGAGCAGAUGAAGGUGGACUCCUUGGAGAGAGCCCUCCACCAGAAGAAUCAAGAAAUCGAGGAGCUCACAAAGAUCUGUGACGAACUAAUAGCAAAGCUCGGGACAUCAGACUGAAGUCAUAAACGUUGGAGUUGUUGGAUGUACUGUUCCACCAACUUCUCUCCCCUCUGCCUUACCAUUGCAGCCAAGGCCUAACCAUCCCCACUGCAGCUAGCUGGUAAAUUAUUGUACACACUUCUAUACAAUCUGAACCCGUCUCUGCUAUUAUUACUCAAACACACAGCGAGUGACUGCAGUAGUCACCCCUAUUGUUUCAGUUUGGAACAAAUAAACAGCGAAACAGCAAUAAGUGUGUGUAUUUAUAACCAAUUAAGUAUUCACGUGGCAAUUUGUAAUGUUCAAUGUUGAACUUUGAUGCGCAUAUAGGGCCAAAUCUUAAUUUUUGGAUAAAUUAGGUAAAUUAAGGUCAAGUUAAGGUAUGAACCUUACUGUCGAUUUCUACUUAUUGUAAGUGAAACUAUGUGAAUGAACUAGUAGCUAGUAACCUGUUGUGUUGCGUACUAUGUGUACGGUGUGUUUGUAAUGUGUGUGCCCCAUCAUGGAUUAUCGUGUACCACAUCAUGGAUUAUCGUGUACCACAUCAUGGAUUAUCGUGUACCACAUCAUGGAUUAUCAGUGUUGUCAGAAGAGACAGAGACGUGUGUUCCAGAUAGGGUGUGAGGGAAAUUCUUUUAGCUAGACACAGCAUAAGGAGCUGUGGUUACAUUGAUUGGCUCUCUGCAGCGCAGCCACAGUUAAGUUUCUCUCUAGGCCUUGGGAAAACAAGACAAAUGUUUUCCAUCAUAACCAUAAUACUUGUGUUGCCAAAUGUUCCCCCUCAAAACCUAUCACUGUGGUAGUGUUCCAGGCUCAAUACCAGUUAUUAUUAGAGAUUAUGAUGGAUCUGUAAACUGUUUCAAUGCAGGUAUGGAUGCUUGUUUAGAUAGAUGUUCUCAGAGCUAUCAAAAAGCAAACUGGUUGCCCAGCAUAACAACUGUUUGCCUAAUGUUAUAACAGUAUACAGGGCCAGUUCCAAACUACCCUUUAGGACUACAAGGACCUAUAGUAUGUGGACAUGGAAGUUGGAGAAGCCCAGAUGAGGUUCUACCUGGGUCAUCGUUUGGGAGUCUUUGCCUUAUCGUACCUAUUUCAUGGAUCAACAUCAUCAUCAUCAGUACAGUACAAUCCACUGCCAAAUGUUAUUAUUUUGCCAAAUCAAAGGCUGUUUGAAGCUGCUUUUAAACGUCUAUAGCUGCCGUAAUGUGUACAUUUUAUAUUGUAUGAAAAUAAUAUAAUUUGAUUUUAAUGGCGGUAUUUGUAAAGAGGACAGAAUAACAGAAAAGUGAUUUUAUUAUAGUGUAUGAUAUACUGUAAAUUGUGUGUAGAAGGCAUUCCCUGAAUAAAGGUUAUCAUGAUUAA